AGAGAGCAAAGCAGCCGUAGAUAGAGACUAUGAAGAGAGCAGAGAUCGACACAACGGCACCGUUUAGAACCGUCAAAGAAGCUGUCGCUUUGUUCGGUAAGAGAGUCUUAGCUAGUCAAGUCUAUUCAAACCAUCUCAAAGUGAUGGAGGAUCCAGCAAAGAUUGAAAUAGAGCUUGAAGAGACAAAACACAAUCUCAAAAGAGCAAAAGAAGAAAGCAUGCAAGUGAUGAACUCUUUGUCUUCUCUCAAGGAAGAGCUUGAGAGGACAAGACAAGAGCUUCAGAAGAUAAAAGUAGAUCCUGAGGGGGCUAUCGAUGAUACUGUUUUCAAAACCAAGUUCGAAGUGUUGGUUUCACAUGUUGAUGAUGAACCACCAAUUAGUACUAGUCCAAGGUUGCGAUCGAUGAGUGAGAAGAGGUACGUGAAAUUUGCAAACCCUACGACGGGUAAUAAUAAUAAUGGUCCAGUGGUGGGGAUGUUUCUUGGAAGACACCCUUCCAUGAGAAAGAAGGAGAAGAAGAAGAAGAAGAGGAAGAAGAGUUUGAUCCCAUUGAUUAUUAGAGGAAUCUUCUCAAAGAAAAAGAGAAAAGACAUGGAGAGAACAUACAAGAAUAGGAAGGCUUUUGGUGAUAUGAUUGUCAGCUUACAACACAUUAUAAUUUAAGAUUUUGUGACGGUAAAAUAUCAGCACAUGUCUGGAUCAUAUUUAAAGUAAAUCUGGAACAUAGUCACAUAGAGCAUUGUUCUUCAUCAUCGAUCGUCACGAGAAUGGCUAGUCUUUUGCGAGAAAGGGAAGUGCGUCUGAUUGUGCAUUUGGCUUCAGUUCAGAUAUUGAUUCUUCUACAUAGUCAUGAUGAAUUGUUCGUAGUGUUCUUUUAUUUGCAAAUGCGGUCUCUCAUGACGAGAAAAGAGAUUGUUCUUGUUUCUUGUUUUCUUCCUUCCAAUGCAGUUGAUAAGCGUUUUACAAAGAGAAUCAUCAAGGAAAGCCAUUACUGAUUCUUUUUUUUUUUUUGGCAACGGCCAUUGCUGAUUCUUGCUAAUGCUUCCAAGGUCUUUUUGUAUCAGCAUUCAGCAGUGAGGCCCAAUAAAGAAUGAUAGUUUUGGGCUGCUAUAUGACGAUGAUUUCGUUUGCAACGUCAGGGAGCAAAAUAAACAAUGUAAGCAGCUUCUGACAACGAGGAAAGUUCCAAUG